CGCCAACUGUCAUCACGCACAAAACACCAGGAACCGCACGGUACAAAUGCCCGCACGCGCGACACCACGCAUCGUCGUAGUAGUCAGAGUUGCACACAACACACACACGUCCGCACGCACAGAUCCUUGCACGAACCAACCGAUCCAUGGCCGCCGUCGUGAAGGCGAGAGCGAUGUGCGUGCUGCUGCUCCUCCUCGUCCUGUCGGCCGACGUGCGGCCACAGGCCGUGGACGGGCAGGCGCCGCCGGCUCCGGAGGUGGUCGCGACGAUCGAAGCGGAUGCCGACGGCCGCGGCAAUGGCACCCGCCCCGGCACCGGCGGCGGCGGGAACGCCGCGAGGAAGGUGUUGAGCACCAUCGACUGCCAGAUCUGCGAGUCGACGUGCCGGGUCAAGUGCCUCAUCAACAACCUCUUCCAGUGGGGCACUUGCUACCAGCACUGCAAGGCCGACAACUGCAACGACUGGUGUAGGUAGUCAUCCGUCGGGCUAACGUGCCGGUUGAUGCAUGACAUGACACAAGCAUGCGUGUAGCCGUGAAUGGAUCCCAAGUACACCCGGCCUUGCUAAAAUUUUCGCUUCAACGCCUAUAUAUGAAGAGGACGCUGCUAUUUUGAUUUUAUUUACUUAUAAACUCGA